AUGCCCGCCGUUCAUGGAGAUCUGUCAUCGGCUGUAAUUCCCACAGACGAGGAGUUUUCCCCGGAGAUCACUCCUCGUCAGGUCACUCUUCGAGAUCGGGUCACCGUUGCAACCCUGGUGCCCUUCUCCUCCGCCAUGGAGGUGCCUCGGUCUUUACUGGCCCAUCUAUCAGACCAACUGAAUAAGGAAAUUGAAAAGGGCGAUACCUAUGCGAUGAUCGACCCCAUCCCAUUUUCACAUUUCGGGCCCUACUGGUUCUCCAAUUUCGGGGCUAUCAUGCUCCUCGGGGAUAUCAAAACAGUACACGAGGCCCAAAUGAUGGAAAGAACUCGAGUGAAUUGGGGUAAAGUGUGUCUAGGGAGUUUCAAUAUUCGGCCCAACUAUCCGGGUCGAAGUAGUCAUGUCUGCAAUGGGAUGUUUCUUGUCACCGAUGCCGCGCGAAACAAAGGUGUCGGUCGACUCAUGGGAGAGGCUUACCUGGAGUGGGCUGCAAGACUGGGGUAUACGUAUGCCGUGUUUAAUUUGGUCUAUGAGAGUAACGUGGCCUCCUGCCGUUUAUGGGAAGGCCUCGGUUUCAAACGAAUCGGUAGAGUGCCGGGAGCUGGCAGGUUGAUCGCUAAUCCCGGAGAGUACGUUGAUGCGAUCAUCUACGGGCGGGACCUGGGUCCUGAUGGCGAAGACUCUGGAACACAAGAUCGAUUUGAUAAGAUCCGAUAUUAUCUCAAGCACUCCAAGUACCCUCGCGGAGCGGAUCGAGCCGAGAAGAGUCGGCUCAGGAGUGCUGCCACACAUUACAAACUGGUCGAAGGGAAGGAUGGUGAUGGAGAGAAGCUCAUGCUCAAGGACAAGGAGGUGGUGUCCGACCCGCAGCAACAGUAUGAGAUUGCGCAACAGAUGCACAUGGAACAACAUGCGGGAAUCAACAAAACCACUGCGGCGAUCGCUGUCAAGUAUCACUGGGUGAGAAUCAAAGAAACAGUCAGCCGAGUCAUCCGGGACUGCCCCCACUGCAAAGAAACACUGAAAGUACCUGGGCUGAACGGCGGGCUGAAUGACGACGGAAUGGAGAAAGGGAAGCAGGGGAUGCACGAGCAUCAGGAAAUCCAUAUACCCGGCGCCGAAUCCAUGACUGCACAACCGCUGAUAGACCACACGGCCAUGGACACCCGCCAGCCUCAAAAUCCGUUUGUCGCGCAGCAUCCACCACCUGUGGCCCCGGGACACGUUGAUCCCAUGGGCGAUUAUACGUCCGUGCCGCUUGACCCCCAGAUCAUGAAUAUCCACCAGCAAAUACCUCGUUUCCAGACUCACGAUUCCAUCGCCGAUCCCUACGGUCAUGCUGCCCACACCCUGCACGCCCCCAAAUUUGAUGACGAUGUCCGCCACCAUAUGGCGGCUAAUGAAUACCAUAUGAUGGUCGAUGACACGGCGGAUACAGACGCCAACGCGGCUCUCCACCGGGAGACCCUAGGGUUGGUACACCCCCAAGCGAAUGAAGUGCAUCAUGAACAAAUCCUGAAAUAUCAAUAUGUUCCCCAUCCUGAUGAUGAGCUCGAGUUUUCUUAA